AUGAUUGGACCAACAGAUGAAAUGGAAGCAAUUGCUGAACAUGAUUUUACAGAAACUCAUAGUGAUGAGUUAAGUUUUCAUGCUGGUCAAACACUUAAAGUUUUAAAUAAAGAUGAAGAUCCACAUUGGUAUAAAGCUGAAUUAAAUGGACGUGAGGGUUUUGUACCAAGUAAUUAUAUAAGAUUAUUACCACAUUCCUGGUUUUAUGGAAGAGUUAGUAGAGCACAAGCAGAGGCUAUUUUAAUGAAACCAGGAAAUGUUGAUGGUUCAUUUUUAGUUCGUAAAUCAGAGAGCACUCCAGGAGAAUUUAGUAUUUCAGUAAAAUAUCAAGAUACUAUACAACAUUUUAAAGUUAUGAGAGAACAAAGUGGAAAGUAUUAUUUAUGGUCUCAAAAAUUUAAUAGUCUUAAUGAGCUUAUUGAUCAUCAUCGAACUGCAUCUGUGUCGCGUACACAUACAUUAUUACUUCGGGAUGUUCAUAAUGAUAAUGAUAACCCACUCUUUCAAGUUCAAGCACUUUUUGAUUUUUGUCCAGUAGAAGAAGGUGAACUUGCCUUUCAACGAGGUGAUAUAAUAACUGUUACAAAUAAAGAAGAUGCUAAUUGGUGGGAAGGUAAUAUUAAUGGAAUAUCUGGUGUAUUUCCGGCAAAUUAUGUUUGUCCAAUAAAUAAAAAUUAA